AUUUUCGUACACACAAUAAUAUAUAUUAUUUUAUGUGUUUAAUUUUUCAAGUUAACGAUUAUAAGAGCAAGUGGCUCACCUAAAAAAAGGGCGUGGGGGGUGGGCGACACGGGACCGGAGUGAAACUUUAUAUUGCUGCGCCAUUCGCCGCUUCGACCGCUUUGUGCCUUGAAGGCGCGCACAUGUGCACUUUUUGCACGCGCAAUGGCGUCAUGUCGGGAGAGGCCCGCACCUGCGGGACGUUUGCGGGCAAGUGCCGCCAUCGUGAACUUUGAGCGUUCUGGAGGUUGAACAUCAGAGUCGAGGCCGGAUGAAAUAGCUAACCUCUUUAAAAUGAGGCUUGUUUGGUUUUUGGCACUACACGUGGGAAAAUGAAAGUUGUGGAGUAGCUAAAUCAAUACCAGUGAUUAACUUAACUUUCAUUCGGUUCGAACGAUGGAGAACCUGUGCCAGACCCUGGCACCACCAUUGUCUCCGUGUGCCACCAUUUUCGGAGGGCCCUUCUCCCUCUCGGGUCACUUGACCUCCCUCCCCCUCUCGCCCAUCUCCUUCCCUCCGUCCCCGACCUGGGCCGAGUCGCUCCCGUCCUCCUCGUCUUCCUCCUCGUCGUCGUCGUCCUGCUCCCCUCUUUCCAACUGCGCGGUGUCUCCGCCCCCCGAGGACGACCUGACGUGCCUGAGCUGGCUGCACCAACGGGGCAACCUCCUCCCGCUCCAGCCGCUGCCCAAAGCGCCGCCGCCUCAGCCUCGGGCCGAGCCCGGGGGGGAUCCCGCCUCGGCCAAGCCGCCGUACUCCUUCAGCAGCCUCAUAUUCAUGGCCAUCGAGGAGUCGGCGGACAAGAGGCUGCCGGUGAAGGACAUCUACGGCUGGAUCGUGGACAAGUUCCCCUACUACAGGAUGGCCAGCGCGGGAUGGAGGAACUCGGUGAGGCACAAUCUGUCCUUGAGCAAGAGCUUCUGCCGCAUGGAGAGGAACAAAAGUCAGUCGGCGGGGAAGGGAUCUCUGUGGUGCGUGAAUCCAGCGCACCGGGCAUCGCUCGUGGAGGUUCUUCGCAAGACCCACGCCUACCACAGCAACAGCAGCUGCCUCAUCAAACAACCGGCCCUGUUGGAAGGUGUGGACUACAGCAUCUCGGCGGUGUGCGACUCCAUGGAAAUGUCGGAUUACCUCCCUCACAGCCUGAUGUUGUCCGCCCCCUCGCCCCACGCCCCCAGUCCGGAUUUCGCCGACCACCCGGAUUUCCCCUUGACCCCGGACCACGAGGAGCUGGUGGCAAUCGAGCCGGUGGAAUACCAGGCGGAGGAUCUGGGCGGGGACUUGGACAAAGAUCCCCUAGGUGACAGCGGCUACAUUGAGUUGCACUACUACCAGUCCCCGGAGUACCAGUACCUGGUUUUGCCCGACGACACCGAGCUGGACCUGGAGACGGUGGAGAUCCUGCAGCUGGACGCCGAAGCCCAGGAGGCGGCUGGCUCGCUGCUGGACUUAGCGGGGAGGGGCUAUGAAUAAGAACCGGAAGCGUUUUUGAGAAUUGUUUUAUUAUCGUGGGACAACGUCACUGCCCAAUGAUUGCAAAACUUGCAGUUUUUCUGCCAGAUUAGUGUAGAACUUCAUAUGUGUUCAAGAACUUUCAAUGCUCCAAAAGCAUUGGGAAACCUGCCCCACGCACUAGUGCUCCCCACGGACCAAGCUUUAUUCCGUACACUUGAUGAGGAGGCUCCUAGUGUGGCACACAUGCCUACUAGUUGGGUUAAGUAGGUUUAAUAGUGCAGCAAGUUGUUAACUAGUAAGGUUUAAUUGCAUACUCAUGGGCCAAAAGUAACACUGGGGGAAAAAACACUACAACUGGGACAGUUUUGUUACUAGUGUGGCUUUGUCAUUCUACUAGUGCACUAAAUUGUCUUACCAGUGAGGACAAAGAGCGUACUAUUACCCUUCAGCUGGACAUUGAAUAUACAGCUUUGAUAAGGAAUAUACAAAUGCAUGAAACAUGCCUGCCUGCUACUAGUGGAGCACAGUAGUUUACUAAUAAGGCUCAAUUGCGCACUAGUGGGCCAAAAGAAAAAUGUUAUUACUAAGACACAGUUGUUGAAUUGUCUUAGUAGUUGAGGACAAAGAAUGCACUAGUAUAUGCAGCUGGAUAUCCAGGAUAUGAAAUAAAUGCUUAAAUGUCACAUUUAUUCGUGUGUUUUAUGCGCACAAACUCAUUUGAAUAAUUGUCGAAACAUAUUUACCAUGCAUCCAUUAGCUGACGUGGAAUAAUACAGUGACUAUACUAGUAUCGUUACCUGCCCUCCAUAAUACUUCAGAUUAAUUACAGCUGCUUUAUUUUAGUGUUAGAAAGCCGUUUAAGCAUGCACUAUGCUACUAGUUUGCUCAUUUGUCCAUGCACAAGUACACAUGGUCCUCAUUAUUAAAGCAAUUCAGCAUGGCUAAUGCACACUAGUACAAUUACUGGGUCUUAUAAAUAAUGUUUCUCGCACCAUUUCCUUGCACUACUGUAUGACACAUCUAUGCACUUGUAGAAUGACCAUCUCGCUAGUAACGUUUAUUUCUAUGACAUUUCUGCAUACUAGUUGGAAAGCUACAUGUUAAGGGAAAUCAGUACAGUAGUAGAAUGACUGGGUCUUAGUAAUGGUGUUUUUUUUCCCACUACUACCUUCCACUAGUAUUUUAUCUGUGCACUAGUAGAUCAAAUUGUGCACCCUGGCUAGUAAUUUUUUUUCCCCCAGUACUGUAUGACAUGUCUGCACACUAAUGGGACAGGUACGUGUAGUGAAGAACUGGCUUUUGUUUGAACGCACUAGUAGUUACUUGUAGCAUGUAGUGUGUCAACAACUACACGGUUUUGCCUGACUAGUAACGUGUACUUGUCCUACUAGGAGGCUAAAAGAGGACAAAGAAUGAACUAGUACAUGGACCAUAAGCUGUAUUUUGAAAUAACGUGUAAACAAAUUUACAGAAAGGUGUAGCCGUCUCCUUGAUAAAGAGGCUACUAGUGCGUGACACUUUUUUUUGUCUAUGAUCAUUCUGUUGGCUGUUCUUGAAGAUCUUUUUUUUUGUAGUCCUGUCCAUCUGGAAAUGAAGGUGAUAUCAAAUAAAUCAUGUAUACAAUUCAA